CCUUCCUGCCCUCACUGGCCUGUCAGUCACCCGCCCUCCCAUAACCCCCCCCAGGCAGCACUGCGCCUGCGCGGGAGGCGCCUUAGCCGUUGAGGGCGGUUGGCGUGGCCGAGGCGCCCGGAGACGCUAUGACCAUCACGUACAGCUGCAUUGCUAAUGGCCGGGUGAUCCUGGCCGAGCUGGCCCUGACCGGAGGCAACUAUCAGGACGCAGUUUCAUCAGUGCUAAAACUAGUGCUUCUUAAAGCUGAGAAAAAGACCACAGCCCGAAUUGGAAGCUAUGUCUACCAUACUCUCCUUAUUGACGGAAUCACUUACUUGUGUGCCACAGACAAUCCUUUGGAUGUUACUUUACCAUCUGCAUUUCUUGAUGAGGUGAGCAGAACUUGUUCUGAAAAUCCCGUGAUGUUUCAAGAAUCUUUUCCUCCUUCAAAUGCGAUUGUUGCAGAUUUUCAGCAGGUGCUGGGGAGAUGCAUGAUGAAGCACAAUCAAAGUCAAGGUGAAUUUAUGAUUUCCGAUCUGAAAAGUCAAGUGACUGAUGUCAAAAAUUCAAUGUCACAGAACAUUGACAAAAUGUUGAAAAGAGAAGAAAAACGGAAUAUACUUAUUGACAGAACAGACAAUCUUCAAGUAGCUAAUCUGGUAUACAUUCCAAGAUCCACACAGAAAACCUUCACGGAAAGGCCUCGCAUCAUGAAAAUGUCACCUUGUAAAGUUUGAAACCAUCUUUUCUUGCUCUAACUUUCACUAGUACAUAAAAGGGUAAGGAGGUACAGGCACCUGGGUUGAUCUUUCUUGUGAUAAUCUGUGUUUACAUAAAGCCCUUUCCUGUCAUUCUCGGGGAGCGUGCUACUCCCCAUUUUAGAGACAACUAAGCUGGGGUCAGAGGUGAAAUGACUUCCCUAACAUCAUAUGAUGAGCUAGGACAGAGCCCAAAGGCCUAAAGAUUAUUUGGAAGAGUCCGAAGGACCGAGGAGCUUUCAGCUGUUGAAUGAAUAGAGGUCCUGCACCAAGACAACGUCAAUCAACACCUGCCUUCCCACUACCAAGACUCCAACAAGGCCUGCCACGCUUUUCCACAGACUCAAGGAGAUCUGGAUGCUCUGAGAAUGAAUUCACUUGACAGCAGAUCUCUCUCAGAGGGAAUCCAAAAUAGGAACAAAAAUUUCGCUUUGUAAGAAAACAGAACUAGAAUGAUGACAAAAUGCCUUGCAACUUAAGUUGUGCAAAUUCUUAGCACAUUAGAACAGCAGUCAAAAUGUCUCAUUUUACAAAUUAGGAAGUAAAACACUAGUCAAGGGAUUCCUUUUUCCCAUCUGCACCUAUUCCAGGCCCUGCAGGGAUUCCUCGGCCAUCUGUAGAAUUCUAAAAUCCCUAAAUCCCAUUUUGAGAAACAUUAAACUACAGUAAUUUGGGUCUUAGCCCCAAGUAAACUAUGAUAUAAAAAACAGACAAAAUAGAGGGAAAAAACAAGUGUUCAUUAAAAAUUAUUUUCUAAAAUAUCUUCGAGUUGUACAGUACAGAAUUAUCUACAAUAGCACUAUUUCAAUUAAUAUCACAUUUAAUGUACUUUUGGGUAAUACAGAUUCAAGAAAUCCUGAAUUCUCAAAGAAUUACAAAAUUAAGCCUAUGCAAAAGGUAAUUUCCUUUAACCUACAAAUAAAUGAGCAUAAUGAAAUUAGAAGGAAUUCUGUUCUAAAGGUAAGUUGUUUAACAGGUUAACAGCAGGUUUCCCUUCAAGAUUAUUAUUCAUGCUAAACUGAAUGUCUAAACUAAAUUUGCAAAUGCUAUUAAAACAUAAAUUACACUUGCAGGUUAAUAAUUGAUAAAGCUACUUCAGAUCUAGAUUAUACUGCCACAGUUACUUGAUAUAUAACGAAUCAAUCAAAAUUUGCUCUACACCUUAAGAACCUAUACUUCAUUUUAGUCAAUUAAAUAACUACUUCUGAUUGCGAAUCUCGUUCUUACCUAAAUCCAUGACACAAAGGUUCCUGGUUUUCUAAAUAUUGUUUUCUGUUCUGGAUGAUAAAAGAGCCAAAACAUUUUUAUACAAAAGGAUUUAUUAAAAAACCAGUAAGACACUACUACAUCAUGACACGGUCACACUGGGCUUUUAACACAAGACUUGCUCUACAAUACUGGGGGAGGGGCAUAAAACACAAAUUCAUUCUGAAGCAUA